AACGACGACCAAGCCUACUGGGUCUACAACUCCCUGACGGCCAUGGAACACGGCUUCGAGGCUCUCCCCUGCGAAGGAACCGAAGGCGCCUGCGUCAACUCCUGGCUCGCCAUCAGCACCAAUGCCUUCGAGCUCUUCGCACAGCGCUGGCAAGCCGACAGCGGAACCUGUAACGGCGGGCUCAAGUGGCAGUACAAUCCCUCGUCCAUGGGGUACUACUACAAGAACAGUGUCACGAACGGGGGGUUCUUCCAGACGGCUGCCCGUCUCGCGCGCUACACGGGGAACCAGACGUUCGCUGACUGGGCAGGCAGGAUCUGGGACUGGUCUACGGGGGUUGGGCUCGUGAGUGCAGGCUUUCAUGUAUUUGAUGGAGCGGGCGAUGCGGAUACCGCAAAUUGCUCGGAAAUCAGCCAGGAUCAGUGGUCGUACAAUGCCGCGACGUACUUGCAUGGGGCCGCGAACAUGUAUGCCUUUUCCAGUGGCGACGAGCAGACGAAGUGGGAGACGCGGGUUCUGGGGCUGCUGGGGGCAGCUAAUGCUACAUUCUUUAGCCCGGAGGCGGAUGCGAUCGGAGUGAUGUAUGAGCAGAAUUGCGAGAAGACGGCAACAUGCACGACAGAUCAGACGAGCUUCAAGUCGAGCUUGGCGCGGUGGUUGGGGAGGACGGCGGUUUUGGUACCGAGUACGAGUCAGACAAUCAUGGGCCUGCUCCAGACGAGCGCUCAGGCCGCUGCGUCGGGUUGUGAUGGGUAUGGGAACUCGACCUGUGGGAUGAAGUGGUGGGCUAAUGGGUUUGAUGGACAGUCUGACUUGGGGGUUCAGCUUAGUGCGCUGGAGGUCGUUUUGAGUUUGCUGGUAGCCAGCGCGCCGGGGGUGGCGGUUCCGGUGGCGGCAUAGUAGAGCCGGCUUGAUGAUGCAAAGUCGAAAGGCGCACUAUGAAAGGCCGAGGAGGGAUGGUCUUGUUCCUUGCAACAUGAGAUGGCGUUCGGAGUUUGAAGGAGAUACAUGUGAAAAUAUACCAUUUUUAACUCUAGGCUCUCAGUUUCUAUCAAAGGAAACUUCUGAGUUGAUUAUUUACCCG